AAUUAAAAAUUUCACAUUUGUGGGGGAUAUCAUUUGAGAGUAAGCAACGUGGUCAACAACUAUCAUUUGAGACCAAAACAUAGUACUAAUACAAGCGAAGAAUAGAAAGAGCGUGGAGAGGGGAGAAUGGGAAAAGCACGGAGCGCGGCGAUGUGUUUGAUUAUUAUUAUGGCUAUUAUUUGCUGUGCAACUGCCACUGAAUCCCCACAGUACACCAUCAUCCACUCCGAAUCCGAAUUUGAGAUCAGACUCUAUGAAAGCUCCGUCUGGAUGUCCGCUCCCGCCAUAGACAUCUCCUUCGAGAAAGCCACAUGGAACGGCUUCCACAGGCUAUUCCAAUUCACACAAUGUGCCAAUCUCAAUUUCUCACGAAUUCGAAUGACUUCUCCAGUAUUAACUACCAUGGUACCGGAAACCGGACCCCUUGGAUCCCAAGGCUAUUAUGUUAGUCUGUAUUUGCCGGUCAAGUUCCAAGAUAAUCCACCGGUUCCGCUUCCGGAACUGAAUAUCAAACCCUAUGAUUUCGAUAGCCACUGUGUUGCUGUGAGAAAGUUCUCGGGAUUUGCUAAGGAUGAGAGGAUUGUGAAAGAGGCGGAGAAGCUGGAUAGGAGUUUGAGUAGAUCUCCGUGGGGUGAGUCAAAGAGUCAACGUGGUUAUUCGAUUGCACAGUAUAAUACUCCUUUUAGGAUUGUUAAGCGUAAAAAUGAGGUUUGGGUUGAUAUUCAUGCCCCUGAAUUUGGAUGUCAGUUAGUUGGGGUUGCAGCAUAUUGAUCAUUGAUGAAGGAUAGCUGUUCUAAAUGAUUUCAGCAUAAAUGAUUACUCCCUGUUGUUCUGUAUAUAUGUUUAUGUUUAUAAUUUUAUAUAUUUUGAAGCAUAUAUGUAACAGGAUGUCAUUGCUAAUAAUGUCAAAAGAGAUGAACCUUUGUUGCUUCAAAAAUUAUCUGAUUCAUUAUCAUGAAAUCUACAGAAAAUAUAUUUUUCUCUCUAA